AUGCCGAAUUUUACGCUGUAUGUGGUGGAGACGGAGAGUGUGGAUGUGGGGAUGGCCCCGCUCCUGAGGGCGGCGUGCGUGUUGGCGGGUGCGGAGAGUGCCUCGACGGACGAUGAAGAUACGACGGACGAUGCAAGCGAGGACAGUACGGAUGCGGUUGGAGGAACGGAUGCGGUCACAGGGGAAGGAGACGGGGGAGAUGCGGCGGGCGACGGUGGAGGUGAUGAUACGACAGCGGAAGGGGGAGGUGGGGAAGGAGCAGAGGGUGGCGAGGACCAAGGCGCACCCGCUGAGGACGUGGGGCCGACUGACUUCUCGGGGGCGGGGCGGAGGAGGGAUGGAUCCAUCUACCCGCGCGCCCCCGGCCCCACUCUCCAAAAACGCGCAGGCCCCAUCUCCCCCGCCCCCUUCUCCGCCUCGGCCCCGACGCCGUGGCUCCGCGGCGUGGAAGGUUGGCGCGCGCAGUGGUUCGUGGAGGGGUUAAGCGCGGGCAGGAACUAUACGGUGUAUGUGGUGAGGGGGGACACGGGCACGAUCGGCGGCCAGCUGGUGUCGGGGCCGGUGUACAUGCGGACGAAGAGCGCCACCUUCGCCUGCCCGCUCGCGCACUCGCUGCCGUUCUGCCCGGGCGUGGCGUACGCGGUGCCGCUGGGCGCGCCCGAGGAUGGGGCGGGGAGCUACACCGCCGCGAACUUUCCGACCUCCAUCUCCGGCCCCAUCAGCUCCUCCCUGACGAACUUCACGACCUCCCUGUCCACGUUCGCGUGCGGAAGGGAUAUGUACUCGCCCCUGGUCGGGUGCGCGGACUGCCAGCGGGCGUACCGGGCGUGGGUGUGUGGGGUGGGUGUGCCGCGGUGUGGGGAGGUGGCGGGUGGUGGGGGGACGGGGAGUGGGAGUGGGGUCUACGAGCCGAAUCCGACGGCGACGGGGGUGGCGGCGGAUACGUUGAAUCAGACCCCGCUCUCCUCGUCAUCCUCAAACUCCUCCUCCUCAUCAUCCAACUCCUCCAACUCCUCCAACUCCUCAAACUCCUCCUCAAACGCGACCACCCCCCGCCCGGCCCUCGUCGCGCAGCCGGCGGGCAAGAUCGCGCGGAACCCGGACUGGCCGGAGGUGGGGUACGAGUGGGUGCGGGUGAUGCCGUGUUUGGAGGUGAAAGAUAAGUGGGCGUUCAAGCCCACGCUUGUUGCGAGGAAGGAAGGUUUGAACCUCCGCUUGUUGUGCGCCGUCACUUGGACGGAUCAACGAAGAUUGUCAGGAUCGAGGAUGCAGCUCGCUAUUGGCGGCAUCGCACUUGCGCUCGCGCUAUCGUUCGUAGCGGCGCAGGGCUUCCUGCCCGACUCUCAGAUCGCGCUCGUGCGCGCGCGACUCGACGAGCUGUCGCAGCUCAGCUGGGAGCUCGGCACGCGCGCGGAGGCGCUCCUCGAGCACGACGCGCCGCAGUGGUCCGUGUUCGCCGACCGGCCGCUGCCCCCGCCGCGCGCCGCGGACGGCUCGGAUGGAUUGCGGGACGUGCUCGCGAUCGCGCGGCGCGUGGUCACCAGUCGCGGUGGGGCGGCGGGCCCGCAGCCGCUUAUGGCGGACGGCGCGGCGGGGGACCCGGCGUCGAACCUGGUCGCGGUGCUGCUGGCGGACUGGACGGGGCAGGAUGGCGGGCAGGUGGCGAAGACGGGGGACGGGGCGAUCUCGCAUAGGGUGCAGCCGGUGUCGCUUUGGAGCGAUUACAUAUCCAUGGUGCCGACGUCGUUCGCGUAUGCGGGGGUGCUGUCGGGCAACCAGUCGUAUGUCGAGGAGGCGUACCAUCAGAUCAAGCUGUACCGCAACUAUUUGCGUGACGCCGGCGCCGGGAACCUUUGGCAUCACAUUGUCUAUGGCUGGUGGGAUGAUGCGGGGCAUUGGACGACUGGCAACGGCUGGGCCGCCGCCGGUAUGCUCCGCGUCCUCGCCACCAUUCGGCACUCCGCCUACGCGCCGCUCAUGGUCCAAGAACAAGCCGACCUCACCGCCUGGAUCAGGGAGAUUCACGACGCGGUCUUCCCGCACCUCGACGAUUCCCAUAUCUUUCUGAACUACGUCGACGCGCCCAGCACGGAUGGUAACAACUUCUACGACGCGGCGGGCACGGCGCUGCUAGCGGCCACUGUCUACCGCUAUGCGCUGAUGACAGGUGAUGUGACGCACAUACCGUAUGCAGAGGGGAUACGGGAGGAGCUGGCAAGGAAGGAGGGGGAGGGGUACGCGCACUUCUCGCCGGAGGGCGUGUUGAGGCCGGUCGUGAAUCCGCAUGACUAUUCGAAGCAGGGCGAUGCGAGCGCGGAGGGGCAGGCGUUUGUGAUGAUGCUGGAUGCGGCGUAUGGGGAGUGGCGGGCGAAGGGUGGCGUGAACAUGGCCACGGCGGACGGUGGAGGCGGGGGCAGGAGCAACAGUAGGAGGCGCGCGCGGUGUGCGAGUCAGACAUUGGGAAGGCGGAUGUGGCUGGAGCGUGGUGGUGGGGGACAUCGUCGGGUGGGCGCUGCGUCACUGCCUCAGUCAGCUCGCGUGACGCAGGAGCCACUCGCUGAAGCUGAGCUGUAUGGGCAGAGUAAGUAG